AUUAGAUAUAGUUUUUCUUUGUUCGAAAUUUGUUCUGGAGGGAGAAGGAAGGAAAGAAUCAAAGGUGUGCCGAUAUCAACAGCGAGGACUUCCAUUAUCAAGCCGUUUAUGUCUACGCCAAAGAGCCAUCUUUGCAAUUUCGGAGAGGUCUGAGCGCGGUAUAAAAAUCGCGAUGGACCGAUAGCGGUACGCUUAACAUAUCAAUUACGCGAACGAUCGAACAAGCAAUCGAUCGUUUAAUCGCACCAGAUUCGUGACCAGCACCAGAUUAGCUAUGAUUUCUGGAAACAUUCGGCGGAGACGAUCUCCGCUCCUCGUGGCCUUCGCCCUGUUACCUCUGGCCGCGCUGAUGCGCUGUUCCGAUGUGGCAUCGUGCCCGAAUUGUAUUCAUUCGCCAGGCGAAACGCGCGAACCACCUGCGGGAUCGGCGGCGGCAGACGCGAUACGACUAGAAGCAAUUAAAUACAGAAUACUUUCGAAAUUGGGCCUGAAGCAGAAGCCGGAUGUCAGCAGGGCGCUUCCGAGGGACGUCGUGUUGAAGACACUUUACCGCGCGGAAGAGAUGUUUUCAGGUAUGCAUCAUCAUCACAAUCCUUCGUCGCCGAAACCACCUCCACAGCCUCCAGUCGAAAAACCGACCACCACCGACCGAGAGGAAGAAGACGCCGGCGAAGGACAAGAAGAUGAUUUCUAUGGACGAACGCGCGAAAUAAUAACAUUUGCCGAACAAGGUACGUAUGGCGAAUAA